GGAUGAGCAGGUUAAUCCUCUUUAGUGCUCGUCGGUCAGCCCCGUUGGGGGGCGGGCCAUGCAUCCUCUUUGCAUGUUCAUCUCCCUGCUUCUUUUUCCCGUAGAGUAAUGCGAGAGAAGGGGGGGUGAAAGAUAUUUUUUUCGUUUCAAAGGCAUCCUAUGCCGCAUUUAAGUGCGGAUACAACGCAGCGCUUCCAUAGAUGAGUAGAUGAGCUUCCUGCCAUGGUCCGUUCGAGGCGCGCUACCGCAGUCACAGGGCUGAUCGCCGUGUCGCUCUCGCACAUCUGCGCAGGCCUGAAAUGCUUGUGUGAGCUGUGCGCCAACCACAUGUGUGAGACCGGGGUGGGCGGGGCCUGCUGGAACUCGGUGACGCUCGUGGACGGCCGGGAGGAGGUCGUCAAAUCCUGCCUGUCCCCGCUAGAACUGAAGGGCCAGCUCUUCUGCCAUGGCUCCUACAACGUGUCCAAGAGGAGCUGCUGCUUCACCGACUUCUGCAACAACCAGACACUGCGCCUGCAGCCAGGUAGCGUGCAGGUUCAGCUCAGGUGACUGCAGCUCACACAUGAUCCGUGGAUCCAGUGACAUCACCAGGUCAGCCAAGGGCAGCUGUUGAGCGUCGGUGAUUUGGCUGGUUUAUAAAUAGCCUGGAGUGUGCUGGUGUAUUGUGAUGAUCGCGCUUGUGACGACGACGCACCCAAAGGGUUAAUGAUCUUGAAAUGCAAAACGUCAUUGCAUUGGCCGGGAAUCGAACCCGGGUCUCCCGCGUGGGAGGUGAGAAUUCUACCACUGAACCACCAAU